GGGCUUGAAUUUCGAAUUAGAGGUUGGAAUCAGUUGAAAAAAAUGGAGAAUUUGUUGCUUGCUAAAGAGCCGGAUCCUUGUGUUUUACGCAUCCUCAAGCAAUACCACACUCAUACAAACGGAAACAAUGUCGGUGACGACGGCAACUAUAAUACAUUUUGUCUUCAUUCUAAAGUCUCGACGCUCCUAUCUAUUCGAAACCGGACGGCGAAUUUCUCUGUCCCAGACGGGAUUCUUGAAUCUUUGAUCAUCAUUGAGAAACUCGACCGCCGGCGAGGCGUUCCCCCCUCCGACGCCUUGCGGGAAGCCUUUUCCGCCGUCGCCGUACACCGCACUCUUUUGUGGUUACACAUCUCGUGGGACGACUACUACGACGGUGUUAGAAGAAUUUGGGGGGAGUUAAUUAAGGAUUUGGAGGUGUCGGGUUCCUCCGGCCUUCUUUCUCCUGGGUUAGCUAAUUGGAGAAAGGAAGUCGAAGCGGCACUAUGGGAUCGAGAGAUCUCUAAGAGGCUGGUACGUAUUAAUACUCUCGACGAAGCGAUGCGUCGUAUUCGGGUUUAUUUGAGGGAGGUCUUCGGUUCAAUAAAUCCCACUGCUGAUGAUGUUGUCUAUGCUCCUGCUUAUACUCCUGCUGAUGGGAACGUGGAUGAUUUUGUCACUGCUUCUGCUGAAGUCACUUCGAGUCAUCAUUGCACUGACAAGGGAAACAUAGACAAUGUUGUCAUUGCUUCUGUUCAAGCCCCCUUGAGUCCUAAUAAUAGCACUGACAAAGGGAAUGCAGGUAAAAUUGUCUCUGCUUUUGCUCAAGUCCCUUUGAAUCAUCAUCAUAGCACUGUCAAAGUGGAUGAUUUUGUCUCUGCUCCUGCUCAAGUCCCUUCGUGUCCUCAUCCUUUCACUGACGAAGGGAAUGUAGGAAAUGCUGUCUCUUCUGCUCAUGACCCAUUGAGUUGUCGUCAUUACAGUGAUGAAGGGAAUGUGGAUAAUGCAGUCUCUGCUUCUGCUCAUGUCCCGUUGUGUCCUCAUCGUAGCACCAACCAAGGGAAUGUGGAUAGUGCUGUCUCUACUUCUGCUCAUGUCCCUUUGAGUCCUCAUCCUUUCACUAAUGAAGGGAAUGAGGAUAAUGUUGUCCAUACUUGUGCUGAACUACCUUUGAGUCCUCACCGUAAUACUGACAAAGGGAAUGUGGAUAAUGUCGCCUCUGCUUCUGAUCAUGUUCUUUCAGGUCCUCAUUUUUGCAAGAAGAAAAUGAACAAGAUCCUAAGGGCAAAUUCUCACACAAAACAUAAGCUACAUUCUUCCUGCAGGCAACAUAAAGGUAUUGUCAUUACUUGCAUGGAGGAGGAUUGGCCUUGCAGAAAAAAUGGUUCCCAAUCUGCAUUGGUUGAUGAAGUAACCGAUUCCCUCUCUAAAGCAUUGGAUGUUGUGGAAACAGUUGCCUCUGACACGGCAACUAAUAAUUUGCAUGCUGCAGGCAUUGUGGAAGACUCCCAUAAGGACAUGGGUGAUCCUACUAAUCUUUGCAUUGAUAAAGGAAAAUAUAAAGUAGAAGAUCCUCUCCCGAAAGCCUUGGAAAUUGCAGAAAGAAAUGUAACAUACGUGGCAGCAGCAAAAAGGCACCCUUCUGAAGGCUCUAAAGGCAAUGGAAACAAGGAACACAGGGCACCUAAUGAUCAUACUGCAGAACCUUCUCAAGCUCGGGAGGAAGCUUUCAAUAGACCCAAGAAAGUGCCUAGGACCAGCUUAAUGGUGAGUAAUGGCGGCAACGGAAACAAGGAACACAGGGCACCUGAUGAGGCUGUUAGAAAAGAGAUUGACAAGAUGGAUGGGAGUGCUCCUGCUCCAUCCGUUGAUCAUACUGCAGAACCUUCUCAAGAUCAGGAAGAAGCUUUCAUUAUGCCCAACAAAUGGGAGGAUUCAGUUGAUGGCUCUUCCGAAGGGAAGGAUAGCUGUUUGAACGAAUGUACUUUACCAAGUCCCAGAACAAAGCAUGUGCCUCCCUUAAACAUUAACGUGCCCAAGAUGUGGGAGAGAAAGAGAAAAGUUAAUAGAUGGACUGACGAGGAAGAAAAGGCUUUGACGGAGGGUGUACGUAGAUAUGGAAACCAAUGGAAAUAUAUUUUAGAAACUAAUAAAGAAAUAUUUAGAAAUAGAUCUGCGAUUGAUCUCAAAGACAAAUGGAGAAAUUUGGUCAAAAGGUGA